AGGAAACAGAGCAGUGCAUGUUGGGAGCUGUAGGCAGAACACGAGGAGGGGCCGCAGUAGUUGCUGGGAGUUGUAGGCCAAGCCGGCCUCGGAGCCACAGGAGCUUCUGGCGGAGCUGCUGCGUGAUGUUCUGGAAGUCGUACGUAAGGCAGCCCCAAGGCCUUGUGGGAGUCGUAGUCUCUAAGUCACUUCCGUACUGGGCUUCCGCGUGGCUGGCAGUCCGGACGUCUGAGAACCGCGUUCGGCUCGGGAGAAGCCGAGCCCUCCCGCGAUGCCCGCCCCACCAUGCACCUCCUGCCACGCGGCACGAGCUGCCCUCCGCCGCCCGCACUCGGGACACGCGCUGUGUGGCGCCUGCUUCUGCGCCACCUUCGAGGCUGAGGUGCUGCACACGGUGCUCGCGGGCCGCCUGCUGCCUCCGGGUGCAGUGGUGGCCGUGGGCGCCUCGGGCGGCAAGGACUCCACCGUGCUCGCGCACGUGCUGCGCGAGCUCGCGCCGCGUCUGGACAUCUCACUGCAGCUCGUGGCUGUGGACGAGGGCAUUGGCGGCUACCGGGACGCGGCGCUGGCGGCCGUGCGUCGCCAGGCAGCGCGCUGGGAGCUGCCGCUCACCAUCGUGGCCUAUGCAGACCUCUUCGGGGGCUGGACGAUGGACGCCGUGGCCCGCAGCACAGCCGGCUCAGGCCGCAGCCGCUCCUGCUGCACCUUCUGUGGGGUGCUGCGGCGCCGAGCGCUGGAGGAAGGGGCGCGCCUCGUGGGAGCCACGCACAUCGUGACGGGUCACAAUGCUGAUGACAUGGCGGAGACGGUGCUCAUGAACUUCCUGCGGGGCGACACGGGGCGGCUGGCCCGGGGCGGGGGCCUGGGCUCCCCUGGCGAGGGGGGCGCCCUGCCGCGCUGCCGCCCGCUGCAGUUCGCGUCGCAGAAGGAGGUGGUGCUGUACGCGCACUUCCGCCGCCUGGACUACUUCUCCGAGGAGUGCGUGUACGCGCCCGAGGCCUUCCGCGGCCACGCGCGCGACCUGCUCAAGCUCCUGGAGGCGGCGCGGCCGUCGGCGGUGCUGGACCUCGUGCACUCGGCCGAGCGCCUGGCGCUGGCCCCGGCCGCGCUGCCCCCGCGCCCCGGCGCCUGCUCCCGCUGCGGGGCGCUGGCCAGCCGCGCGCUCUGCCAGGCCUGUGCCCUCCUGGACGGCCUGAACCGCGGCCGGCCCCGCCUGGCCAUCGGCAAGGGCCGCCGGGGGCUGGACGAGGAGGGGGCGCCUCGGGAUCGGGCCCGGCCCCCUGCCUCAGAGGCCAUCCCCGCCUUCUAGCGACCCCAGGUCUCCGGCUGGGAUGCGACGUCCCGGGGAGGGGCUGCCUGUACAUAUGCUGUGAAUAAAGCCGAGUUUCUCUGCCGGGCCUGCCAUGUGGGGUUGGGAGGAGGACAGGGACCCAGUGACCUGUAACCCUGCAGAAGCGGGGGCCCCAGACGUCUGGGUCUGGGGGAGCAGGGUUCUCGGGGUGGGCUGCUGGGACUGAGGGAGGAGGGAGCCGGUUCUAGGUCUGGGGGAGGUGGAGCUGGGGUGACAGACUCCCGGGACUCAGGAAGGGGUUGGGAGGGGUCUAACAACUUGUGGUUCCCGACUUAAUGGGACUUCAGGGGCUGCCUGCCUAGUGCCUCUGCCGGGUUCUGGGCAUGCUCAGGAUGGUCCUAGCCCGCCUUGAGCACCACGUGGCUGCUGUUUCCUGUUUGCCUGCAGUCACAUGACUUGAUGGGCACAGGUCACUCACAGUUACCUGCAUGAUGCUUCCCUCCCAGUACAGCGGGCACUGCAGACUGACUUGUCCCCACCACGACCUCACAGGCUAUAGCCUGAGACGUGGCAAAUGGCCCCAGGUCACCCAGCUGGGAGGUUGGGCCUUUCAGAGGUCUCUGGGAUUGUGGAAUUGCCCCUCCACCACCUGACUCUCUCCUGGUGUCUGUCAUGGCUGAGGGGCUGAGCGGGCUUCCCAAACCCUGGGCCUUUGGAGACAGAGCUGUGUGAGCCUGGGUUGGUGACUUAACCUCUCUGAUCUUCCAUUUUCUCUUCUAAAAAUGGAAUAAACAACAUUCCUUACCAUCAAAGCACCAUUGGGAGGAAAUGGAAGAUCAGAGAGGUUCAGGUGGUCAGUACAUGGUGGGAGACUUGGCUGUUCAUGUUAUGGUUCGGCCACCAGGGGGCUCUGGGUUUCAGGGUUGCUGCCUCCUAGGUCCUGGAGGUGAGGCCCAGAAGUUUCCUCUGGAGACCUGGUGUUCUCAGUCCCAUCUUCGGCUUUGCUGGGCUGACUGCUUGUCAGGAAUCCCCCACCUUCCCAUCAUCCUGCUCAAGUCCUCCAGGGUCCUCCUAGAAGCCUUCCCUGAUUCCUCCCACCCCACCCAACCCAGGGCACAGUUCUUUCCCAAACCCCCACUUUUCCGUCCUGUCCUCACUGUGUGGACAUUCGAAUUCUUUGAGUCUCCUUUGUCCUAAUUAUUAGUAGAUUGGGCAGGAGAGCCUGAACCAGAUGCCCUGCCUCCCCUGUGGGGUGACGGAGCAUCAGGUUAAUUAUUCGUUCAACAAACGUUUACUGAGAACUUCCUCUGUGUCAAGUACUCCUCUAGGUGCUAGGAACAUGGCAGUGAACAGGAGACAAAAGUGAACAUGAAGUUCACAGUCUGAGAGAAAUGGACAAUAAGCAAAUAAAUAUAAAUGUCAGGUAGUGUUGAAUGCUACAAAUUUUUAAGGGUCAGGAUAAGGGAAAAGAGGGAGACAGAGACAAUUUCCAUAGGAACUAGGGAAGAAAGGGCCUCAGAGGAGGCAGCAUUGUGCAGAGACCUGCACAGAGCAAAACAACAGAUCAUGAAACCAUCUUGGGGAAGAGCUUUCCAGAUGGAGGGACCUGCCAGUGGGAAAAGGCGGAAGUAAGCGUGGCAAGCCCAGGGGACAGCACGGAGUCCCGUGUGGCCAGAGCAGAGUGGGCAGGAGAAGACUAGAAGGAGAUGAAAUGAGGCUUGGACAGGGGUGGUCAUGCGUGUUCUUGUGGAGGCAAGAAGGGCUUGGAUUUUAUUGCAGGUGUGAUGGUAAGUCUUUGGAGGGCUUUGGUCCCAGGAGUGGAUCCAAUUUUCAUUUUCUGUAAUAAAAACUACUCCAGCUCCUGUGAGGAGAAUGGGCUGUAGGGGGCGCAAGAUGAUCAAGGUCGAUUGUAUGGGAUGAUGUUUGUGUGGCAGGCACUGUGCCAAGCGCUCCUUCCCCAGUAGCUCAGAGAAGUGAGGAGUGGAUUUUUUAUCCCCAAUUUUAUGAAGGAUAAACUUGUGGCCCAGAGAGGUGAAGUAACAUGCCCAAGGGCUCACAGCAACAGAUCGGGAAAGGAGCUGGGACCCUUGACCCUUUUGCUCUGCCGUCUGCUGGAAGCCAGGGGACCUGGGUUCUUGUUGCAGAUGUGCCACUAAAUUCCCAUGUGGCUUUGGGCAAGAGACCUUUUCCCUUCUGUUCAAUAGUGUCUCCCUCCAAAGGAGGCGGUGGGAGGUUGGUUAGAUUUCUGUUGUGGUUUCAAGCAGCACUAUCCAAUAGAAAUAAAAUGCAAACUAUAUGUAUGACUUUAAAAUUUUUGGUCAGGCACAGUGG